GGCUCAAAUGAGCUUUGUUCGCCGUUCAAGUCGCACGCGAAUUUCAAAAUACGUUACGAGAGAAAUUCAAAGAAAUUCAAAGUGAAAAUCAAAUUUACGAGACUGUCUACGUGUGAGUGCAUGUGCAGAGUGUGUAUAAAUAUAUAUAUAUGUAUGUCUGUCUGUUUGUGUAUCUGUGCAAGUGAAAUUGUGAAAAUCGCAAAUUAAAGCCCAGCGCCUAAAAAAUUAAAAAAUACAAAUAAAAAUAAAAGAAAUAAAAAUAAGCGCAUACCAGAGAGCCAAGUGCACUUGGAUUAAAGCACAAAUUCGCAACUAGAAAUAGUUUCACUUUUCAUUGGAUUAGCCGCACUCUGAUUGGAAUUCGUACUCUGAUUGGACAACAGCUGCUGCCACAAAAAACAGGAAAUCUCUUUCCACCUCUUUUUGGCAACUUUUUUUUGUUUUUUUUGAUGUUUGCGUCUCGAAAUGCCGCUGCAUUGUGAACAACGCUGGCUGAGGCUCUUCUCGCUGCUGCUGCUGCUGCUGCUAGCGCUGCAAGCUGCGCAGGGCAAGCGCUCAACUGCCAAUUUAACUGCCUGCCAGCACUUGAGGCGGGCCGAGGCGCGACGUGCCAAGGCGCUGCAGCCAGCAGGAGGCGCCGUGCGCAUUCCGCGCUGCCGUAAGACCGGAGAGUUCGAGAGCGUGCAGUGCGCCAAUGAACGGGCUGGCGAGGAUUGCUGGUGCAUCGAUGAGUACGGCGUGGAGCUGCCGGGCAGUCGGAAUGCCACGCGUGCCGGCGUGCAGUGUCAGGAGCCGGCGCACUGUGCCGCCUCCGCCUGCCGCAUGUUCUGUCCGUCCGGCUUUGCGCGUGACCCGCAGACGGGCUGUUCCGUGUGUCGCUGCCGUGAUCCCUGCGAUGGCCUGGAGUGUCCGCGUGGUCAGACCUGCCAGCUGCAGGAGGUGCAAUGCAAGUCGGAGCCCUGCCCGCCGCUGCCCACCUGCAAGAAGGCGCGCUCCCUGGCCAACUACUGUCCGGCCGGAUUGCCCUUGGCUAUUGAGGACAGCGUCAGGCCUUUCUUGUGUGGACUGGAUGCCGGCAAGCCGCAGUGUCCGCCGCUCUACCAGUGCCUAGUGGAGUCUGGAAACGAUUACGGAGUCUGCUGUCCCAGUGCCUUGACCUUCCAGAAGCCCGGCGUCUGUCCGGCACCCGAGCAAUCGACGUACACGGAGCGCACGGGCUACAUGUGCGGCGCGCCCUGCAGCCACGACCUGGAGUGCCGCAACCUGGAGAAGUGCUGCUUCACCAAGGGCUGCCAGUUCAACUGCCAGCAGCCGCAAAACAUGACCGGAUGCCAUCAGGCCAAGGCCCUGGCCGAUCUCCUGGCGCUGAAUGAGCGCGAGGGGCGCGGCUAUGUGCCCGACUGCAACGGACCCGGCGGACAGUAUUCGCCGCGCCAGUGCUCCCGCAACGGACUCGUCUGCUGGUGCGUGGAUCCGCGCACCGGGCACAAGAUCAAGGAGUCCAUGGGCGCGGCCAACACAGUCAACUGCGACGGCUGGGAGAACAUGAUCAGUCGCUCGUACGCGCGCAGCUUCCAAAUGGAGCAAUGCGACACGAACAUCUGCGCCGCCGUCUGCGAAUACGGAUUCAAGAAUGAUCACAACGGCUGUCCCACCUGCGAGUGCUCGGAGCCCUGCGAGGGCUUCAAGUGCGCCCUGGGCUCCCAUUGCGAGGUCGCCACGGAUCCACUCUGUGAGUCCGGCUCUUCGCUGUGCGCCUCCUGGCCCGUCUGCAAACCGGAUCUGGCCUACUCCAAUCCCUGCGACAUCGGCACCCCACUCACGGACACGGCCAGCGGCGAGGUCAUGUAUUGCUUCGAGGAGCGCCAGGCGCGCAGCUUCCAGCCCACAGCUUUCUUCGAGCCCGAGCCGGAGUCCAAGCAGGGUCGCUCCAUGAGCAAUCACAUCAUGUGCCCCGAGCAGUACAAGUGCACCAAGCUGCACCGCGAACCGGAGAGCGUCUGCUGCCCGCUGCCGGAGCAGACGACGGCCACGGGACCAUCAGAGGAUCAGCCAACGACGAGACAGCAAACCAUGUGCGAAUAUCUGCGGGACUUCUCGGAGCGCAUGGAGGGCACCGAGGCGGGCAUGCAGCUGGCGAUGCCAGCGCCGCGCUGCACCGAGGAGGGCGACUAUGCGGGACGGCAGUGUGAGCUGCGCAAGAUUCGAGUGACGCGCGCCGAGCAGCGCCAGAUCCUGGAGCAGAACACAAUCCGGCGGAUGCGCAUGCUGCUGGCCGGGGCGAGGCGGAGUCGCCGCGACACGGAACGCCUGAAGCUCUACCGGGUGGACGACAGCGCGCUGAAGGUGCACGUGGCAGCGGAGGGAGCGAGAGCGCCCGUGCACGGAAUGGGACGCAGCGCCAAGGUGAUCGACGUGGGGGCAGUGGAGCAGCAGCUGUUCGCCACGGACUUCAAGAAGGUGGCGACGGCAGCGAAGCGAACGACGCCAGCGGACGAGGACAUGGUCGAGAUGGAGGUGGAGCAGUGCUGGUGCGUGGACAGCUUCGGCACCGAGAUACCCAAGUCGAGGGGCUACAAUGUGAGCGACGAGAGCUGCCAGGAGCUGAGGGAGCAACUGGACUGCCUGGACCUCACCUGCCGCAUGGGCUGCGAGUACGGCUUCACCCUGGAUCCGCACACCCGCUGCCCGGCCUGCCAGUGCCGCGAUCCCUGCGAGAACGUCGACUGCGGCGCCAGCAAGGAGUGCCGCAUCGUCGACGUCAGCUGCGAGGGCGAGUACUGCCCGCCGGUGCCGGCCUGCCUGCCCCGCAAGCCGGGCCAGUGCCCCUACCUGGUGCCGCCGGGGCCCACGGACAACCUGGACACGAACGUCUGCAGCUACGAGUGCCGCACGGACGCCCACUGCGAGGGCACGCGCCGCUGCUGCUCGAACGGCUGCGGCACGCAGUGCGUGGAGCCGCAGCUGAAGACCGCCUGCCAGCACCUGCAGUCCAUCCAGCUGCACCAGAGCUCCGAGCUGGGCAUCCCGGCGCGCCAGAUGAGCAUCGCCCAGUGCGAUCCGCAGACGGGCAAGUGGGAGCAGGUCCAGUGCACGCCCGACGGCAGCUGCUGGUGCGUGAGCGAGCAGGGCGAGCCGAUGCCCGGCACGCGCGUCAGAGCACCGGCCACGCCCACCUGCACAGCCAACUCCAGCUAUGCGUGCAGCCCCCCGAACUGCUCGACGAGCUGCGACAGCGGCUUCCAAAUGGACGAUCACGGCUGCCCGACCUGCGAGUGCCGCGACUACUGCGCCGAGCUGAGCUGCGCCAGCGACGAGGAGUGCCAGCUGAUCAGCGUCGAGUGCGUGGACACGCCCUGCCCCAAGAUGCCCAUCUGUGUGCCGAGGCGCGACUCGGUCUGCGCCGAGGGCAAGCCGCUGCAGCAGGGCGAGCAGGACGUCACCUGCGGCCCGCACAGCGAGCAGGAGAGCUGCCCCACCACGCACACCUGCCACCUGAACCCGGUGAGCAAUCGCGGCGUCUGCUGCUCCAAGACGCGCGACGUCUGCUUCGAGUCCAUGGACGCCCAGUGCCUGGCCAGCGGCCAGAGCGGACGCAACCUCACACGCUAUCGCUUCAGUCCCAAGGCCAACAAGUGCCUGGCCAUUCAAAUAGACGCGGACGCGCCCGCCUGCCAGACCAAGAAUCUCUUCCACAACGAGCUCGCCUGCCACGCCGUCUGUCCCGUGCUCACGCCUUGCGAACGUCUCAAGCUGAAGAACAGCCUGGCUGCGCAGCGCACUGGACACUCCUCCGUCUGGUUCCAGCCGCGCUGCGAUCCCAUCACCGGCCACUGGAGUCCCGUGCAGUGCCUGGGCAAGCAGCCAGCCCUGGCCGCCACGAGCAGCUCCCAAAUUGUCAGUCGCGCCUUUGCCAGCAGCAGCAGCAGCACGGAGAUUCCCUCGGCGCAGCUGGCCAGUCCGUAUGGCGUCUGCUGGUGCGCGGAUCGCAAGGGCGCGCCGCUGAAGGGCACGCUGACCCGGGACACGGAGCCCAUCUGCAACAGUCGGCAGGCGCGCGCCCGCAAGCAGCUGGAGCCGGCCGAUCCGCUGAUGGAGCAGCUCAUCGAGCAGCUGACGCUGCUGAACGACGUGAACAGCCUGGACAUGGACAUGGAUCUGGAUCUGGCCGAAGUGGAGGCACGCCUACAGCCCACGGAGCGCAGCGUCGAGCUGACCCACUCGCUGCUGGACUCGCAGCUGUCCGUGGAGACGGCGCCCAUGCAGCUGAAUACGACGCGCUGCCGCGCGAUGGCCGCCACGGCCACGUUCCCGGUCAGCUGCGAUGCGGCGGGCGCCUUCGAGCCGCUGCAGUGCAGCGAGCGGAGCUGCUGGUGCGUCGAUGCCGCCGGCAAUCAGCUGCCGGCGACGCACACCUUCCAGCUGGGCGAGCGCCAGUGCAGCCACGUGCCCAUCGAGUCCGUCGCCAUUGAGCUGCACCUGAGCAACAGCUCGGGGCACGGCGGCGGCGGCGGCAGCGGCGGCGGCAGCGUGCGCAACGUCUACGAUGCCAUACGGCGGGAGCUGCAGCAGCUGCUCGGCUCGGCCGUGGAGAAUCUGCGCGUCCAGGAGAACUUUGACGGCUCCGUCAUCGUGCGCUUCGAGCUGCACAACGAGUCCAAGGUGGACAUGGCCUACGCCAUCGAGAUGGCCAUUCAGUCGGGUGGCUUCCGGCUGCUGGGCAAUCGCUUCCAGCCCGAUCUGACGCGCUCCCACUUCAUCCAUCGCACCGCCGCGCCGGCCGUGGCUCAGGCGGCCACCGCAGCCACCGAUGAGUCCGUCCAGCUGGCCAUGUUCGUCAUGGCCAGCUGCUCGGCCUUCCUCGUCAGCGUCUUCGUCGUCUAUGUGAUGCUGAAGCGCGGCUGGCACAAGGCCGGCUCGAUCCACAAGAACGCCUACGACUAUGCGGGGGGCGUGGCUGGCGGUUGUGAGAAACCCACGGAGUUCUCCCUGCCCAUCUUCGUGCUGGACGACACUCUGCCGGAGAGCAUGAGGCCAGCGAAGGCGUAGAGGGGGCGUGCCAGCCUUUGGGAUUCUGCUUCUUCACCUCGUUUGGUUUCUAAGUUAGUGCAAAGAAUUUGUAAAUAAAUCCUUCGGGCCGAGUUGGAGUUGGCGCAGGAGACGAGAUUCGAUUGGGGGUAGCCAAGCCAACAUAUCAUAUACAGUUAUACUACAUACAUAUAUGUAUUUCCUAGACACUUAAGACGACUAAUUUAUGAAUAAAGC